CAGUGAAAUGCAUACAGCCCUCAAUAACCACGACAUUCUUGCUCUCAUAUUCGCCUCUCUUUCUCCCGAAGUCGGAAGUGAUAGGGCAUCGGUGCUCAACUGUGGCCUGGCCUGCCGUGCGUUCAAAGAGCACGCAUUGGAUGCUCUCUGGAGGAGCAUCUAUUCAAUUAUGCCCCUUCUCCAUGUUAUACCAUGUAUCAAUGUCAUCAACGGGAAAUGGGCGCUAGAGCGUCCUGUCAAGCCCAAUGAGCUAGAGCACUUCAAAUACUAUGCUCAUCGUGUUCAGGUGCUGCUCGACUAUCAAGACUCGAUAAGUGAGGUUGAUCUUUCAGUCUUUUCCCAGUUGACACAGCUCCUGGGUGGUCCCCUCUUACCCCGCCUACGCGCCACACACUUUGUCUGGGUACCGGGAAGACAAUUCCCCGAUGUGUUAAUAGGCCCAAUGUUGGACUUCAUCUGUAUCCGCCUUAUAAGACGUUCCCGUCCAAGGCCUUCACCAGACGAGGGACGUAGAGUCGCGGAAGGCUUCUCCUCGCUCCUCCUCAAACUGUCUCGCGACGUUCCGCGUCUGUGCCAUCUGAUCAUAAGUGAUACAGGUUCUUACCUUCCCAUCGCACAUGACUUCUGCAGCUUGAAGCGGCUGAAGACACUGCAGGUGGAGAAUUUGCCGGGACUCCGCGGGGCACCCAAACAUGGACCUGUCCUCACCCCCAACCAAUUUCUUUCCCUUUCAGCUUUUACCGAACUGCAUCAUCUCAAGCUGAAUGUUGCUCAGGCAUCUGGUUUUGGCGACAUUUCAUUUCAUCUUCCAUACUUGCACCGAGUCGAGCUUAUUGGACCUGUAAGCGACGUCGUAGCUACCCUCAGGGCCGUGCAAACAAGCCCGGUAGUUCAGGUGGGGCUGAAGUUAACCAGAUACGACCAAGUCAUUUACUCCCUGUUCCCAUGUGUCGUCUUUCCUCACCUUGAAGAGCUGGCCGUAUCUGAAGAACCAUCCAUGGCCUUGGGUAUAUCGCAACCGCUUGAGGAACCUUCGGCCAAGACCAUCAUUUCAUCUCUUCUCAGCUGCCUGGAUCUUAAGAAAUGCAGCAUUCGGACGCCUUCUGUCGUUGUGCUUGCGGACGAUGGUAUGAUGGAUUCAAUCGCCCAAUCGUGGCCAAAACUCGAGGAAUUCGCUUGGGACUUCCACAACCUUACAGACAUAGGCCUGACGCCCAACACGCUCGCGUCCUUUGCGGCUCACUGCCCUCGCCUCAUAUCCCUCGGCCUCCCAGUCCAGCUGGAAAUGCCGCUGCCCAACGAGCGGCCCAUAUCUGUGCACGGACUGAAACACCUCACAUGCUACAAGGCACUCCAGCCGUAUCAUGCGGCGCAGGCAGCGCAGCGUAUCCUGUACCUGUUCCCCGGCUUGGACAGGGUUCUCUUCGAUUGUGCGCGUAUUCGAGCGGAGGACGCAUGGUUGAACGAGGCGAUCGAGGCCCUCAGAGGGACGAAGAACAUACGUGGUGAGCAGGAGCUCUCAGCUGCUCCCGCUCGAGACUGA